AUGGCAAACCCGAUGCCUCCACCAGCAGAGCCUGCGGUGUACCCGGCACCACUGCCACCUCCACCUACCGUGUACCCGGCACCAGCGGCACCUGUGCCACCAGUGCCUACAGUGUACCCAACACCUACACUAGUGGUACCGGUUGCUCCACAUUCGGUACCACCCACCGGACCUCCAGACGCGGCCACCUAUGCUGACCCUGCAGUGCCACUGGCGGCAUCUGCCCCAGCUUAUACAGCAGCAUCGGGGAUACCUCCCCCGGUCUAUCCAGCGACGAGGGUGGUCAUAUUCCGGCAUCUGAACCAACCCUCGUGGGAUUUCACUGGCAUUAGAGAUGACGGCAUAUUGACCAUUUCGAUGAUUCAGGCUUAG